CGGGAGCGGAGCCCCGGUCGGCACUGGCGUCAUCGCCCGAGUCUUGCUCCACAAUCAUGCGGCCGAGGCCGCAAAACAAGCUUGCUUAGCGCCGUCCUACCAACCUCCUCCUCGCCCGUAUCCCGACGCGCCUCGCUAGGCUUGUCUCGUUGCCGGCUACAUCAUUUCCCUGUCAUUCUUUUUCUGCCAAUUGCAACCGGAACCGCAUCGAAAUUGACCGUAAUGUCUAUCCCUAUGAACCGCUUAGGCGGUCGCGCCUUCAACCAUGCCAACGACGAUGACGAUGACGUCGAGCGCGAGUACGACCGCCUCCGUGACGCCGCCCGCGAGGAAGCCAACAAGCGCAACCAGUGCUUUGAGCGCUCCCAGCAAGCCUACCAAUCCGGCGACGGCGCGGCGGCCAAGGAGCUCUCCAACGAGGGCAAGCGCCACGCGCAGCGCAUGGAGGACCUCAACCGGCAGGCGUCGGAGUACAUCUUCCGGGAGAACAACGCCCCGGGGCGGGUGACGGGCAGCUGCAUCGACCUGCACGGCCAGUUCGUCGAGGAGGCGGAGCGGAUCUUGGAGGAGCGGGUCCGGGCCGACCGCGCGCGCGGCCAGGACCACCUGCACGCCAUCGUCGGCAAGGGCAACCACUCGACGGGUCACAUACAGAAGCUGAAGCCGCGCAUUGAGGAGCUCUGCCGCGAGAUGGGGCUGAAGUACUCGACCGAGGACAACGCCGGGCGGAUCUACAUCAACCUCCAGGGCGGGGACGCGACAAUGCCGCCGCCGCCGCAGGUCGGGAGCGGACACCACGGCGGGCAGCAUCACGGCGGGCAGCAUCACGGCGGACAGCAGCACCAGCAGCCGCACCAUGGCGGGCAAACGCAUGGCGGCCAGCAGCAGCACGGCGGCCAACACCAUGGCGGACAGCAGCACCAGCAGCCUCAGCAGGACGAGACCGGCGACCUGGUUGUCAAGCUUCUCAAGAAGCUGGAGAAAGCUUGCUGUAUUGUCAUGUAGAGGGCCCGUCGCCUUGGAGUGAAUGGGCUUCGUCCCGUUUGGCUCGAGACCGCCCAGUCUUUUGUGGUUUGGCCACUUGGGCCCGGCUGCGCAUUCACCUGCCUUUCUUGGAUACCCGGCGGGUUGAACGUCUUUGAACAAUGUGCUUUUUGGUAACUGAAGAGACCACGAGGUGCCAGCUUGGUCCUCCGUCAUAUAUAUUUAACAAUCUCAGACACGCUCUCACUCCGCUUGUGUAUGUGUAUGAUUGUGUAACAUGUUUUUCAUUUAUGUAUACUUCAGUGUUCCGUAUGCUCUUCCGGUGUGAACAAGACAUGUGACGGGUAUGGUGGAAGAGGAGCGAGGAGAUCAAACUCCCCAGUGAAGAUGACAACCGGCGGAACAGAGCGAAAGGCAAGCACCUCACUUUGUAC